CCGAGCCGGCGACUGCUCGCCCCGCGAGGUUGGGACAUGCGCCGCGGCGCUGCCGCCCGGGGUUAGUCACGGCGGGGCGCCGGCCCCGAGUUUUCAGCCAGACGAGAGCGGCGGCAGCUGUAACCAGUGUCUCUGGCGUACGGGCCGAGCGCGGCCGCCUGCCUCCCGCCCACCGCUCUCUCCCUGCUUCCCUUCCUCUCUCCCGGGUGCGUGCGGACAGAUAACAAUGGUGGGGCGCAGCCGCCGGGCCCCCGCCCUCGCCUAGUGGAAGCGAGUGCCCCGCGGCCGCUGCUCCGCCGCCCCGCCCUGCGGCGGCCCCGAGCCGCGGACCGCGUUGCUGCCGGCGGCGGUGCCGGGAGGCGAUGGUGCCUGCGCCGGGGUUAGUCUGAUCGCCGCUCCCCGCCUCGCCGCCUCCGGUGCCGGCGGCGCUCCCGCGGGGCCAGCGCCCGCCGCCUCCCCGGCUCGCUCGGGCGUGCGGCCGCCUGACACAACUUGGGAGCUCCUCCAGAUAAACAAGAAUAAUUAGUGAUAAUAAUUUAGAACAAGGCGGAGAAGCAGAAGAAGCGAGUGGAUAAUGUCAACCCCGAGCAGAUUCAAAAAGGACAAAGAGAUUAUAGCGGAGUAUGAAAGUCAAGUGAAAGAGAUCCGAGCUCAACUCGUUGAGCAACAGAAAUGCCUGGAGCAGCAGACUGAAAUGAGAGUGCAGCUUCUUCAGGAUCUGCAGGAUUUCUUCCGCAAGAAGUCGGAAAUAGAGAUGGAGUAUUCCCGAAACCUGGAAAAACUGGCAGAGAGGUUCAUGGCAAAAACAAGGAGUACAAAGGAUCAUCAGCAGUACAAGAAAGACCAGAACCUCUUGUCACCAGUGAAUUGCUGGUACUUACUCCUGAACCAAGUGAGAAGAGAAAGCAAAGACCAUGCCACACUGAGUGAGAUCUACCUGAACAAUGUGAUCAUGCGAUUCAUGCAGAUAAGUGAGGACUCCACCAGAAUGUUCAAGAAGAGUAAAGAGAUUUCAUUUCAGCUUCAUGAAGACUUAAUGAAAGUACUUAACGAGCUUUACACAGUCAUGAAAACAUACCACAUGUAUCAUGCAGAGAGCAUCAGUGCAGAAAGCAAACUGAAGGAGGCAGAGAAGCAAGAAGAAAAACAGAUUGGGAGGUCAGGAGACCCUGUUUUUCAUAUUCGACUAGAAGAAAGGCACCAGAGACGGAGCUCUGUGAAGAAGAUUGAAAAAAUGAAGGAAAAACGUCAAGCAAAAUAUUCUGAAAACAAGCUGAAAUCUAUUAAGGCCCGUAAUGAAUACCUGCUCACCCUGGAAGCAACGAAUGCUUCUGUUUUCAAGUAUUAUAUUCACGACCUUUCGGAUUUAAUCGAUUGUUGUGAUCUUGGAUACCAUGCUAGUCUGAACAGAGCCCUAAGAACAUACCUUUCUGCAGAGUAUAAUCUUGAAACUUCCAGGCAUGAGGGAUUAGACAUCAUUGAAAAUGCAGUUGACUGCUUGGAGCCACGCAGUGACAAGCAAAGAUUCAUGGAAAUGUACCCUACUGCUUUUUGUCCACCAAUGAAAUUUGAGUUCCAGUCUCAUAUGGGUGAUGAGGUUUGCCAGGUCUCUGCCCAGCAACCUGUGCAAGCAGAGCUUAUGCUUAGGUAUCAACAACUACAGUCACGAUUGGCUACACUCAAAAUUGAAAAUGAGGAGGUUAAGAAAACAACAGAAGCUACCCUGCAGACAAUACAAGAUAUGGUCACCAUUGAAGAUUAUGAUGUGUCAGAGUGUUUCCAGCACAGUCGCUCAACAGAGUCUGUGAAGUCAACAGUCUCUGAGACAUACCUGAGUAAGCCUAGCAUUGCAAAAAGAAGAGCUAACCAGCAGGAAACAGAGCAGUUCUAUUUCAUGAAAUUCAGAGAAUAUCUGGAAGGUAGCAAUCUCAUCACAAAACUUCAAGCAAAACAUGACUUGCUGCAGAGGACACUCGGAGAAGGUCACAGGGCUGAAUACAUGACAACAAGCCGAGGCCGAAGGAACUCUCACACGAGACAUCAGGAUUCAGGGCAAGUCAUUCCUCUUAUUGUGGAAAGCUGUAUCAGAUUUAUAAAUUUAUAUGGUCUUCAGCAUCAGGGGAUUUUUAGAGUGUCUGGUUCCCAGGUGGAAGUCAAUGAUAUUAAAAAUUCAUUUGAGAGAGGUGAAAAUCCUUUGGCAGAUGACCAAAGUAACCAUGACAUUAACUCAGUUGCUGGAGUACUGAAGCUCUAUUUCCGAGGGCUGGAAAAUCCUGUCUUUCCUAAGGAAAGAUUUAAUGAUCUUAUUUCUUGUAUCAGAAUAGACAAUCUCUGUGAGAGGGCUCUUCACAUCCGCAAACUCCUCCUGACUUUGCCCAGGUCGGUCCUUAUAGUGAUGAGAUACCUCUUCGCCUUCCUCAAUCACCUUUCACAGUACAGUGAUGAAAACAUGAUGGAUCCAUACAACUUGGCCAUUUGUUUUGGGCCAACCCUGAUGCCUGUUCCAGACAUACAAGACCAGGUGUCUUGUCAGGCACAUGUGAAUGAGAUAAUCAAAACUAUCAUCAUCCAUCAUGAGGCUAUUUUUCCAGAUGUGAAAGAACUUGAUGGACCAGUGUAUGAAAAAUGCAUGGCUGGAGAUGACUAUUGUGACAGCCCGUACAGUGAGCAUGGUACCUUGGAGGAGGGGGACCAGGAUGCCAGUACAGAGCCCCACACCAGUGAAGAUGAGUGUGAGCCCAUAGAAGCUAUUGCCAAGUUUGACUAUGUUGGAAGAUCUGCACGAGAACUCUCUUUCAAGAAAGGAGCUUCCCUUCUGCUCUAUCACCGAGCAUCUGAGGACUGGUGGGAAGGAAGGCACAAUGGAAUUGAUGGCCUUGUUCCUCACCAGUACAUAGUGGUGCAGGAUAUGGAUGAUACUUUCUCAGACACACUGAGCCAAAAAGCAGACAGUGAGGCCAGCAGCGGACCCAUAACUGAGGACAAGUCAUCAUCAAAGGAUAUGAACUCUCCUACUGACCGUCACUCAGAUGUGUAUUCAGGAAGGCAAAGAAAGAGAUCGGAACCUCCACCUCCCCUAAGACGCCCAGGCAGGAGCAGUGACGGCCACUGCCCGGUACACCCACCUCACCCUCUGUCCAACUCGGCCAUGGAGCUGGGCUCCCCCAACCUGGCAUCUCACUGCAGUCCCAGAGCCCUCCUUCAGAACCGCAACCUCAACGCCGACAGCCCUGAGCGGCGGCGCAGGCCGGGCCACGGCAGCCUCACCAACAUCAGCAGGCACGACUCGCUGAAGAAGAUCGAUAGCCCUCCCAUUAGAAGGUCUACAUCUUCUGGGCAGUACACAGGUUUCAAUGACCAUAAGCCACUGGACCCGGAGUCAAUAGCUCAGGACAUCGAGGAGACAAUGAACACAGCACUGAACGAGCUCCGUGAGCUGGAGCGGCAGAGCUCGGCCAAACACGCCCCUGAUGUCGUGCUGGACACCUUGGAGCAAAUGAAGAACACUCCCACCCCUGCCACCUCGACGGAGUCGCUCAGCCCUCUGCACAGCGUUGUUCUAAGGAGCUCCGAGCCUCAGAUCCGCCGCAGCACUAGUUCUUCCAGUGACACCAUGAGUACUUUCAAGCCCAUGGUGGCCCCUAGAAUGGGAGUGCAGCUGAAACCUCCUGCUCUUAGGCCAAAACCUAUUGUUCUUCCAAAAACAAAUCCUAGCAUAGGGCCUUCUCCUCCUUCCCAGGGUCCAGCCGACAAAUCUUGCACAAUGUAGGCAGCUCAGCCACCCACAGCGCCCAGCUGGGGUGUGCUAGGGAAGGAGAUGGAUUAACAAUAGAAGUCAGGGCUCUGUAACAUCAUUUGUUCAUGUUUGUAACUGGAGAGGCUUUGUUUUUCAGUGUUUUUGAAUGUAUUGUCUGAAAGUAGCUACAUUAACAUGGGCAUUUGUAUUUUGUAUGGUUUUGAUUAAACGAAAAACUGGACAAUUGUGCAUAGUUUUAAAAAACAAACAUAGACUUACUUGAAAACUUGAUGCUGCACCAUUUGUAAUAAAACCAACACAGAUCACAAACAGCUUGCCACGUUGUACCAUACUUCACAGUCUUACUGUAGCUAUAUAGUAACAGAUCCUGCACAAAACUAAGGGGCGGGAGGGGGUUCAGGGGACAUGGAGCCUCUCAUUUCUGGGUCACCAAACCAAAUCUCAAGCAGGUUAGUAAGAACUGAAGUUUAGCAUGUGAGGAUUAUGUGUCUGUGUGGAAUGUCUUAAGUCAUCUCAGGCCACAUUUCUUAUUUAAGACACAAGAAAAAAAAUCACCAAACCCUCACAAACUCAUAAUUGGCACCGAGUUUUAGCUUUCUUGUUGGCAGUCUCACUAGAGGCAAGCGCUGGAUGGAGCUGGAGAUCACACUGCUCUCACUGAUACAAAGCAGCAUUCCAGGACACAGCUAAAGCACAUCUCCAGGAUAGUAUCUAGAAACUCCUUUUGCUGCCCUCUGUAAUAGUGUACCUUCUCCCAUGAAGUUAGACCUUCAUUCCCUGAUACCACAUUUCUUACAGAAGCUGAAUUUGUUUGAAGUUCACAGAAGCCAGGCUCUGGGGAGUGUGUGAACCUGUUGGUCCAUUAGGGAGGAUGAGGGGCUAUUAAAGGGAUCAACUACACAGUAAUUCAGAAAAGUAUCCCAUUGACUUAUUGCUCAGUGUCCAAUUAAGGACGUGAUUUGGGUUGCAAUAGCCCGAUUUCGAGCUGACCCAGCCGUGCUGACUGCCUUGUGCAGCAAAUGCCCCGCUGUGCUGACAGCAGCAAGACAGGGACUCUGAAGGGGGUCUGCCUCCUGCCACUGGUGCAGGGGUCACUCACAGGACAGGCAGCUGAGUUUCUACUGCCUAGAUGCAAGCUGACUAAAGUUUUCCAUAACCCUUUUCCCUUCCACUUUCCUUUUUUUUAAUGACAGAAAUCAGUACCUUUCUUAUGUCUGUGUGAGUGGCGACUGUCAACUUCGCUUAGUGCUCUGUUGUUAAACUUUUUUAGGCGUGAGCUAAACCUACAGCUGUUUUGCACAUUGCAGCAGUAAGCCAUAAUACUAUUUCUGUGAACAUAUUUUCAAGCAUCCAAUCCUUAAAAAAAGUUUCAAUGAAUAAAAUGGGGUGAAAAGUCACUUGUGGUCCACCUACAGAAGUACAACUGGCUGUAAUUAAGAUCUGUUUUUUCACAUAUUCUGUAAGAUCUCACUUUUGGAAAGCUUGAAAUUGUACAACUCAGUAUACAUAAAGAAUUGAGUUUGGGAGGAGAAGAGUAGGGACAAAAUUUGAUAGACAUAAUUGCUGAGGUGACAGGAGUAAUUUCCUGUUGUUAUUUAGGAGCAAUUUAUUCCUGCUCUGGUUUACACCUUCUAGACAAGCGAUGCAAUGUGAAGCUCCAGGUGUGAGAAGUACCCCAUGAACUGCCUCUGAGCCCCAAACUAUUGCUGGCAUUUGCAAACACUUUUCAAUCCAGUCAGAGAGUUCACACGCAUCUAGGUUAGACACAAAGUCUUAAUCCCCCACAGUGCACUGUGCAGCGUGGGUCAGCAAACCUCCAUCCUUGUCAACUCUACUGCCUGGCCCCAAUGCCAGGGCCAGAGCCUAAGCCAGACCAGCCCCAGCUGCAGACCAGUGCUGGUCUGCUCACUUGUUUGGGACCAGAGGUAUUUUCAAGUAGUUCCCCAGUUUACUAGACGCAGUGGAACAAAACUGGAAUUUCAGCUUUCAUUUACAUACAGUUUUUGUCUAGCAUUUUUAAAUUAACCCACCUGGCACAAUUGAGAUGGAUACCUGUAUCUUUAAAUUGCAUAGGGAAUUUUGUAUGUUUAAAUAACUGUACUGGACUCCAUAAUGCUUUUAUUAGAAAUUGUUUAGCAAAAGAAAAUAUUAGAAACAGUGCAUUUAGUGAAUGCAUCCACUUAGUGCAUUCACGCAGUUAAUGUGUAGUUUGAUGGUUAUUAUAGAUACUUUAAAGCAUAGUAAGUGGAUAUGUAACAGGAAAGACUGCUACAUCUACAGGCGUACUUAAGGGUAACUCCUGCACACCUAAUCCAAUCAGUAUUGUCCUUUACUGUCAAGUUUGAUGAAUUGCAGUACUGGUAGCUUCCUGCUUGUUGACUGUUACCUACUUGUGUCAAUGUACAUCUGUAGUAUGUACAUGUGAAAGUGCCUUUAAAUUUUAGAGGAGCUUUAGCUUUGCUCUUGUACUGUUGCAUUUCCAUUGCAUCCUUUCCUGUUUCGUGUAUGGCUGCAUUCCCAUUGCAUUCCUUCCACUCUUGAAGAUCAAAUAAAAACAUGGAAAACCCACAGUUCUGGAAGAGAAAUGUACUGUUAAUCUGUUGUGACAAUGCACUUUUAUGUAUAGUACUGUACAUUUUUGGCAUGUACCAUUACAAGCUUCAGUAUACAUUCAAGUUUGUUCCUCAUAGUGUAUCUUUAUAAUAAAGAAGAUAGUUCUGUCUG